UAUACUUUGUAAUUUUUAUAACUUAUAAGCGAAAAAUUUUAUUUCAAAUUUAAAUAAAUUAAUACCUUUUAAUCAAACAUUUUGGCAUUAUUUUUCUCUGUUUAUGAAGAUAAAGCGAACUGCAGCCGAACGAGCAAACGAUAUUUGUUUCAAACGAGCGAGUGACAUAUUCUGGCAACGGUCUUAUUUCGCAAGUUAUUAUAAUUUCAUGACCAACUUUACAAUGGAAGAUUGCUUCAGUCUAGUAUUGCAUACUGCGGAUAUUUUAUGCGGCCAUCGUGAGUCUUCUGUCUUCCACAGCAGAUAUAAGAUAUGGAACUGAGUCUUAACUGCAAAGUAAGCAAACUCGUGGAAUAACGUGGGUCACUUCUUUUUUUUAUAAGUGGUGAAAAAGACUCUCCACUCCAAAUAUGAAAUCUCGGAUAAAAUGACCCGAAUAACUGCUAAGGAGUGAAAGUGAAGCGAUAUAAUUCAUUUUUCUGACAGAACUGAACAAAGGCAGUGUUUUUCCUGAAGUUUGAUGAUGUAAUGCAACGAUGGUGAGAAUUUCUUCCGCAUCAAAAGUUUUAAAGCUUUAUUCGGUUUGUUCUAGUAAACAUAACUUCCAUUUGUGGUUUUGUGAUUUCAAGUUGUAAGGUAAUGGAGCAUGGGGGCAUGUCUAAGUCUUGAUGAAGAGGAAAGACGCGCUCAGUUGCGAAGCGAAGAAAUCGAUAGACAACUCGCUGAACUCGCAAAGCAAGAGCGAAAUGUCAUUAAGAUAUUACUCUUGGGGGCUGGUGAGAGUGGGAAAAGUACCUUGGUGAAGCAGAUGAAAAUAAUCCAUAGUGAUGGAUUUACUAUUGAAGAACUAAAGAGCUUUAAGCCAACAGUGUUGGAUAACAUAUUAAGUUCCAUGAAAUAUGUUCUUACAGGAAUGGGAAUUCUGCGUAUUAAUUUAGAAAAUGCCAAAAAUAAGGUUCAUGCUCAAACUAUUUUAUCCUGCCAAUGCUGCUUUGAUGAAAACUAUUCCAUGCUGCCAUAUAUUGCCAGUGCCCUAAGAAGCUUAUGGGCUGAUAAAGGAGUUAGACUUGCUGUAGCUAGAGGAUAUGAAUAUGAAUUAAAUGAUUCUGCUCUAUAUUUGUUUGAGGGUAUGGAUCGAAUUUGCUCAGAGAAAUAUGUGCCAACAGCUACCGAUGUCCUGAGAGCUCGAGUACGCACAACUGGAAUAAUUGAAACUCAUUUCAAGAUAAAUGAUUUUGUGAUAAGAAUGUUUGAUAUUGGUGGACAAAGAUCUGAGCGUAGAAAAUGGAUUCAAUGUUUCGACGAUGUUGGUGCUCUUCUAUUUGUUGUUGCUUUGAGUGGCUAUGAUAUGGUAUUGCAAGAGGACAAUUCAGUGAAUCGCCUGCAAGAAAGUUUGCAGCUGUUUUCUUCAAUAUGCAACAAUCGAUUUUUCAUUAAUACAUCAAUGAUUUUAUUUCUCAACAAACUCGAUUUGUUUCGUGAAAAGAUUUUAUACUCUGGCCGACAUCUUCGUUACUAUAUGGCUGAUUAUGAUGGACCAGACUAUGAUGUUGACAGUGGAGCACUAUUUGCUCAGCAUAAAUUUCAAGCCCAAAACAAGCAUACUGGAAAAGUAAUUUAUCCCCAUUUCACUACAGCUACAGAUACCAGUAAUGUCCAGGUUGUUUUCCAAGUUGUUAUGGAUACAAUUGUAAGGGAAAAUUUAAAGACAGCUACGUUGUUGUGAGGUGAAAAAUUGGUUUGGUUAUCAAAGUGCCAUGUCUGAACUGUACAUAUACAAAUAUCAUAAUCAUUUUUACAUACACAUACAGAAAAUAUAUUUUUAGAUUUAGAGCUGUUGUGUCUUUUUAGUGAUUUUACUGUUGGAGUUGAUAGAAAUGGUUUUUGUUAUGAAUGUGAUACUUUUGUAUACUUUUAUAAAAAAAAAAUGUUAUUAAAAUAAUCCAACAAAC